UGUUGCGUGCAGUUGUACGCACUUGUUCCCUAGGACGCACCUGUUUUCUAUCAUGUUUGUUACUAGAAAGGUUGUUUGUCUUGUCAUGUGUCUGUGGAUGGUUGAACCGUUGAUGAGUGAAGACAAGGGGUCUCCUAGUGUACCACUUGGUAAAACCAAUGAACGCAGUGACGGACAUCAUGUGGUAGCAAACGUUGGAGGAGAACCAGACGCUGCAAAAGAUUCAAACACUGGAGGAGAGACAGACACUGCAAACACUGGAGGAAAGACAGACACUGCAAACACUGGAGGAAAUACAGACACUGCAAACACUGGAGGAAAGACAGACCCUGCAAACACUGGAGGAAAGACAGACACUGCAAACACUGGAGGAAAGACAGACCCUGCAAACACUGGAGGAAAGACAGACACUGCAAACACUGGAGGAAAGACAGACCCUGCAAACACUGGAGGAAAGACAGACACUGCAAACACUGGAGGAAAGACAGACACUGCAAACACUGGAGGAAAGACAGACCCUGCAAACACUGGAGGAAAUACAGACACUGCAAACACUGGAGGAAAGACAGACCCUGCAAACACUGGAGGAAAUACAGACACUGCAAACACUGGAGGAAAGACAGACACUGCAAACACUGGAGGAAAGACAGACCCUGCAAACACUGGAGGAAAUACAGACACUGCAAACACUGGAGGAAAUACAGACACUGCAAACACUGGAGGAAAGACAGACACUGCAAACACUGGAGGAAAUACAGACACUGCAAACACUGGAGGAAAUACAGACACUGCAAACACUGGAGGAAAUACAGACCCUGCAAACACUGGAGGAAAUACAGACCCUGCAAACACUGGAGGAAAGACAGACACUGCAAACACUGGAGGAAAUACAGACACUGCAAACACUGGAGGAGAGACAGACACUGCAAACACUGGAGGAAAGACAGACACUGCAAACACUGGAGGAAAUACAGACACUGCAAACACUGGAGGAAAUACAGACACUGCAAACACUGGAGGAAAGACAGACACUGUAAACACUGGAGGAAAGACAGACACUGUAAACACUGGAGGAAAGACAGACACUGCAAACACUGGAGGAGAGACAGACACUGCAUACACUGGAGGAGAGACAGACACUGCAAACACUGGAGGAAAUACAGACACUGCAAACACUGGAGGAAAUACAGACACUGCAAACACUGGAGGAAAUACAGACACUGCAAACACUGGAGGAAAUACAGACACUGCAAACACUGGAGGAAAUACAGACACUGCAAACACUGGAGGAAAUACAGACACUGCAAACACUGGAGGAAAUACAGACACUGUAAACACUGGAGGAAAGGCAGGCACUGUAAAUACUGGAGGAAACCCAAACACUGGAGGAAAGCCAAAUACUGGAGAAGACUCAAACACUGGAGGAGAGUCACUCACUAAAACUUCAGUAGAAGUAAACACUUCAUCAAAUAAGUUUCUUAUUUGGUUAUUGCUUGUGGUGAUGGGAGGUGCUACAUUUUAUCUAGUUCGACAGAACAGGAAGAAGAUUGUAGACUGGAUUUCAAACAGAAGGAAAUCGCGUCGAUUCAAGUACCAGCCAAUUUCAACUCGAGGAGACAAAGGAAAUCAAUUGCAUUGACUGCGCAUUCAAGAUUUCACACAUAUUGAACUCUUCUCUCAUGGACUUGUAUACGGUAGCUUAGAGUAUCAUUAGACAUGUCUUUGCCUUUCGACAAGGUACAGUACGUACUAUUGCCAUACAUGGUUAGCAAGUAAAGUUGCCAAAUAUUAAAAGAUUCCAAUCAAUUGCAA